AUGACAAGAUUAAAUCAAGACUGGAUUAAUUAUAAACAAAAAAGAAACCAAGUUGUUAAUAUCAUAAGAUAUGAGAAGUCGCAAUAUUAUAAGAAAAAUGUAGAUUUGUGCAAAGGAGACAGCAAAAAGAUGUGGAGAACAUUACAGGAAUUAAUCGGCGGAAAAAGGGGAAGGGCAUCAAGUCAGGAGAUCAGUAAUUUGACUUUUCCAGACACAUUCUUGUUUGGAGCAGCCUCAUCCGCGUACCAGGUUGAAGGAGCUUGGAACGAAUCUGGAAAAGGUCCAAGUAGGUGGGACUAUUUGGUACAUACCAUACCCGUUAUAACCGGCGGAAGUACUGGUGAUGUAGCAUCUGACUCUUAUCAUAAAUACGAAGAAGAUAUUGCUGUUCUAAAGGAACUUGGAGUGAACUUCUACAGGUUCUCAAUAUCAUGGCCUAGACUCCUUCCUACUGGGUUUAUAAAUGAAAUUAAUCCAGCUGGCGUGGAAUAUUAUAACAAUCUCAUAAAUGGAUUGCUGGCGGAAGGAAUAGAACCAUGGGUUACUAUGUACCACUGGGACAUACCUCUACCAGUACACUACCUAGGAAGUUGGAACAAUGAUAAAAUUAUAGAAUACUUCACAGAAUACGCAGAUUUACUGUUCCGACUUUUUGGCGAUAGAGUGAAAACAUGGCUAACGAUUAAUGAACCGCUCACGUUCUGUGUCACUGUUACCAUUAUAGACAUAUAUAUUCUAGGACAGGCGGGUGUGCCGACUGGCAUAACAGAAUACAAAUGUGCUCAUAACGUGUUAAGGGCUCAUGCAAAAGUAUAUCGACUGUACCAGCUGAAAUACAAAGCGAAGCAAAGAGGUAGAAUUAGUAUUGUCUUAAAUACAGAAUUUCCUCUACCAGGAAGUGAUACUCCCGAAGAUAUAGAAGCAGCUAACAGAAAAAGAGAUUUUGAUUUGGGCUGGUACCUUCAUCCACUAGUGUACGGCAAUUAUCCUCAGACCAUGAUCGAUACCAUUGCAAGUCAAAGUGCCGCGCAGGGAUAUCCAGUUUCCCGUUUACCAAAGUUCACACUAUUGGAGAGUUUAGAAAUCCUAGGCGCCUACGAUUUUAUAGCGUUAAACCAUUACUCCAGUGUACUUACAACAUCUGACAACAGUUCCGAGAUAAGUCCCGCUAGUUUCGAUAGUGACGAUAACGUUCUCAUCUACCAGGAUCCUUCUUGGGGGGGAUCAGCAGUAAGCUGGUUAAAGGUUGCUCCAGAAGGAUUUAGAGCAUUGUUGACAUACAUUAAAGAAAAAUAUCGGAACCCUGAAAUUGCCAUAACCGAACAGGGAUAUGCAGAUCUUCCAGACACAGUGAUCGAUAUUGAAAGGAUUAAUUACUAUCAGUUAUACCUAAGUGCAGCAUUAAACGCUAUAUAUGAAGACGGCGUAAGACUUUUUGCGUAUACUGCCUGGAGUCUUUUGGACAGUUUCGAGUGGAACAGUGGAUAUUCAAUUAGAUUUGGACUGUAUCAUAUAGAUUUCGAAGACGAAAACAGAACAAGAACUCCAAAAGAAUCAGCAGGAUAUUAUAAAAAUGUCAUAGCAACAAGAUGUUUAGUUGAUACUUGCGUUUAAAUAUUUUAUAGAUGGAUUUUGAAAUCAUACAUGUAACCAUAAACGUAGAAUAAAAUAAUUAAUACUGAAAGUU